AUGGCUGACGUGGCCAUGGAGACCGCCGAUGAGGAGCCCUCACUGGAUGCCCUUGAUGAGCUGCCUCAGAAGGGGUUUACAUCGCACGUCUCGGAUGAAGAUAAUGAUACGCCGACUACUAAGCGGGACAUUAAAUCACUGCUAAAGAACAUUUGUUCCCUCUUCCAGGCAGACCUGGCAAUAGUCUGGGAAGACAUGCACUCCCUUACAGGCAGAACCCUACAAACCAAACAGGCUGCUCUGCAAGAGGUCCAGGACAAAACUAUCCAGGCCCAACAAGGCAUGGUAGCGAAGCUGACAGACCAGGAGGACAAAAUCCGACGCAAUAACAUCAAGCUCAAGGGAGUGCCAGAAGAGGUAGCCAUGGCAGAGUUACCCCAAUACUUGCGCCGCUUGUUUCACCACACAGACCGCGGUCCACGGUCGGCAACAAGCUGCUGCUUUGCCACACGCUCGGGAGGCGCAAAAAUCCCGGACGGACGGACCUACCCUUCCAAGUGCCUUUCACUCCAGAGCCGGUCCUAG